AUGACUACAUGGGACACUAUUUAUACAACUGAGAUAAAACGUUGUGGGGAGGCACUGCAGCGACAUACAUGUCGAGCCGUGUGCCACAAGUAUCACAACGAUGAACGUUGUCGCUUCCUAUUCCCUCAUGAAAUUGUAGAGGCUUCCUCCUUUGAUUCAGAGACCAAUUCGGUCGUGCUGAAGUGCCGUGAUCCGACUGUGAAUUAUUUCAACCCGUAUGUCUUGGUUUUUUGCAGGCACAAUCACGACAUGAAGUGUAUAUUGUCUGGCAAGGGUGCAAAGGCCGCCAUGUUCUAUAUUUCGGACUAUAUCACCAAGAUGGAUCUCAAGACUUAUGAAAUGCUAUCGCUGUUG